AUGGCAGGUGACUCUAGGUUUCCAGAUGUGGACGCUGAGGGAUCAGAAAAAGAUGAAGAAACGGAGAUUGUAGUCAAUGUUGGUGGGGUAAGGCAGGUGUUCCAUGGAGAUAACCUGAAUCAAUACCCAGAAACACGGCUGGCAGAGCUGAUCAACUGUUUAUCGGGGGGAUAUGAUAGCAUAUUCUCCCUCUGUGAUGACUAUGAUCCUGGAAAGAGGGAGUUUUACUUUGACAGAGAUCCAGAUGCUUUCAAAUGCAUUAUUGAUGUGUACUACUUUGGGGAAAUUCACAUGAAGAAAGGAAUAUGCCCCAUAUGUUUCAAGAAUGAAAUGGAAUUUUGGAAAGUGGAUCUGAAAUUUUUGGAUGACUGCUGCAAAACUCAUCUAAGUGAAAAAAAGGAGGAACUGGAAGAAAUAGCCCGAAGGGUGCAACUGAUUCUGGAUGACUUGGGAGUAGACGCCUCGGAAAGUCGCUGGAAAAGGUGCCAAAAAUACAUCUGGAAAUUUCUGGAGAAGCCAGAAUCAUCCUACCCAGCGCGAGUGAUCGCUGUCCUGUCCUUUCUGUUUAUUCUGAUCUCCUCAGUCGUGAUGUGUGUGGGGACCAUCCCAGACCUGCAGGUCGUAGACGCGGAGGGGAACCGUAUGGAGCACCCCACCCUGGACAGCAUAGAGACAGCCUGUAUAGGCUGGUUUACCAUGGAGUAUGUCCUGAGGCUGAUCGCCUCUCCCAACAAACUCCACUUUGCCCUGUCUUUCAUGAACAUCGUCGAUGUGCUAGCAAUACUUCCUUUCUAUGUCAGCCUGACCUUGACCCACUUGGGAGCCAAGCUUAUGGAGCUGAGCAACGUCCAGCAGGCUGUCCAGGCGCUGCGCAUCAUGAGGAUCGCGAGGAUUUUCAAGCUUGCACGGCACUCCUCAGGGCUCCAGACCCUAACAUAUGCCCUGAAACGCAGCUUUAAGGAGCUCGGGCUGCUCCUCAUGUACUUAGCUGUCGGAAUCUUUGUCUUUUCUGCCCUGGGUUAUACCAUGGAGCAAAGUCACCCCGAAACUUUAUUUAAAAGCAUCCCUCAGUCAUUUUGGUGGGCAAUCAUUACCAUGACCACGGUUGGAUAUGGAGACAUAUACCCUAAAACAACACUAGGAAAACUGAAUGCUGCCAUCAGUUUUCUUUGCGGGGUGAUAGCGAUCGCCCUUCCCAUCCAUCCCAUCAUUAACAACUUUGUCAGGUAUUAUAACAAACAGAGAGUUUUAGAAACAGCUGCCAAGCACGAAUUGGAGCUGAUGGAGCUAAAUUCAGCAGAGGGGAAAGCUGCAAGCUCCAAAAGUGAACUAGAGGAUCUUGCGAGGGAAGGCAAGGAGGGUCCUUUCUAUAGCAGCCGGCUAAAAGUCUCUCACAGUGACACCUUUAUUCAUCUCCUGUCAGAAGAGAAACACUAUAGGACCAGGCUUCAAAGCUGCAAAUAA